CUUUAAUAUAAGAAUGGGAGUCAAUUGUUGCACUGAAGGCGAUCUCUAUAGAGAUACUGAGAAAGAAAUGAAAGUUCCUAGUAUUGGGAAGAAGGGCAAAAAUAAGCCAGUCGAAAUUGACGAUAUGACAGACGAUGAGACAGCCAGACCUAGUUCACCAAAUAAAAAAGAACAUAAGGUCGAGCCUGAUAAAGAUUAUAAACUUGUCGAAUUUGGGCACCACGGAAGCGCUCCUGCUGAGACCAUUGUGGAGAAAACCAGGGUUGUCAAGCAAGGAAAGAAAGUUAGAAAAUAUAACUACAAGACAAUCGAGAUUUCAGAGGAAGAUCUGACUUACACUUUGUCAAAGAUCCGGGAUGUCAUCGAACAAGUUGGUGAAUUCAAUUAUGGAGAUCUUGUAAGUGAGGACAAAAGUAAAAAGAGCAAAAAGAUUCCUGAGUCUCUGAGCCCAAGUAAAACUACAGUAUUAGAUUUAAACACUCCAAGAGAGAUGUAUGAUACCUGAAUCAUGGUGGACGGCAGUAAGUAUAAGGGACAGUUUUUGAAAGGAGGUACUAUUAAAGAUGGCAUUGGUCAAAUGAUCUAUCCCGACGGCUCACUUUUUGAAGGUCUCUUUAAGGAUGAUGACACUGUGAAGGGUCGAUAUAUAUUUACUAAUGGAACUGUGUACACUGGGAAGAUGAAGAAUCAUAAAAUGCAUGGGAAAGGUGUUCUCAAAUUCGGGAAGAAAGUUGUCUAUAAAGGUAGAUUCAUUAAUGGAGAGAAAUGUGAUAAAUUAAAGUCUCUGCCAACCAAACUGAAUAAAAAUUUAAAUGCUACGGAAGAGGAUGCUACACCACCAGCAAAAUCUGUGCAAUGGGAUUUUAAUAAGUGGUAG